AUGACCACCUUACCAGAUGGCGAAUAUGAUAUAGAUCUAUCCAUCCUUCAAAACUCAACACAUGAUCCUUCAUUAGCCAUUCGUUACGGAUUCGUGCCGGAUUCCAUGGAUCAGAACAAACCUAUAACUUUAUAUCAAACGGAUCAAGAGCUAAUACUAAAGGCAAGCUCAAUUGAAGAUGGCCAGCUGAUAAUAUUCGAAGGAAUGGGCAAAUCUACCAGUAAUUCAGCACCUGCCGAUUCAUUCUAUUUAUCAUACAUCAACGGAAAUAUACAUUUGAACAAAUUGAAAAACACCGUGAGAGUCAACAAGUCAAGGAAUAUGGCGAAGUGGAACGCCAAAAUUCAAGAAUGGAAUAAAGUGAAACCAAAGACGGUUCAAGUGCCAAAAAUACGACCAGAGUCUGAACGUUCGGCACCUGUACGGCCAGAGCCAGCAAGAGCGGACCCUAUACGACCAAGGGCGGUUGCAUCAAAGAGGCCAUCGUCUAAAAGGCCACCAAAAAGAGAGGAGGUUAAAGAAGAGUCCCCCAUCAUAAGUGAAUCCGACUUUGAGGAUUUGGAAAACGAGUUCCCGGAGUUCACUUUUGAUCAGGAACCAGCAGUUGAGAAAGAGAAGCCGAAGACUACAAUAACUGAAAAACCACCAAUAAGUGGGAAGAGACCAACCACAGAUGUGAAAGCUAAAGGACCUGAGAAAGGGAAAGACGUGGACGACGACUUUAAAGAUUUAGAAGAUCAAUUACAAGAAGUCUUGGAAGACGAUAUUGCCAUAGGCGACAUCGAUGACAGUGAUGACGAUGACGAUGAUUUCGACGAUGUCAACUACGGUGGAACGGGUGUCCCCAUUAGAAUUGAGAUUGACGAAGGUGAACCAGCAAAAUCUGUGAAAAAUACGCCUACUUUCACGUACUCCCCUGCAUUCCAAAACGAAAACAAGAAGCCAAUGAGCUUGAAAGAACUAAUGAGAGGUAAGAGAGGAGAUUAUGACAGUAGUAGCGAAGAGGAGUAG